AUGACAAAUAUGAUCAGAAGGCGUAAAGCGCACAGAAAGUCUCGGGAAGGCUGUGUACAAUGCAAGGAGCGACACGCUAAGUGCAAUGAGGUCCAUCCGCAAUGCCUUCAUUGCGAGCGGGCCAACAUCUCGUGCAGCUUCUCGUCCCCUACCCUAACCAUGACGCCACUCAACGAGGACAGCCUAGCUGAUCUCGAGCUGCUGGAGCACUGGCACCGGUAUCCCGUCACAGGCGACAUGUCGGAGACCACGAAACACCUGCAAUACGACCUUGUCCGCUUGGGCUUCUCUCACCAUUACUUGCUGAAUAGCAUCCUGGGGCUUACGGCCCUCCAGCUCUACAGUGAAGAUCAGUCCCAGUCUAAGUGGUACGCUAGAGCCGUUGCACACCAGCAGGCCGCAAUCACCCGAGCCAGGCCGCAUUUCGAGUCCCUUGAUCAGACGCAGCAUCCAGCCCUACUGGGGUUAUCUGCUUUCACCUCAAUGUAUGCGGUAGCGGAACCUGUCUUUCGCCCCCCUCGAGUCCGCUCUCUGGCACGCUUCGACCCUAUCGAGGAGCUACUAAAGGCACUCCACUUUAGCAGGUCUACCUUGGUGUUUGUGCAGCAGAACUUCCCCCCUCUAGUCGUCUCAGAAUCGUGGCUUCUGACUAAAUUCGUCGCCAAUCACCAAGACACUCGGCAGGAUCUCGAGAUAAGAUAUCCGCAGCUUGCGUCUCUUCGGGAAUGCGUAGAGCAUCGGUGUGCGGGACGACAGAAGGCAGCAUGUCUCCAUGCCGUCGAAGUACUGUUUGGCCGCAUUGCAACGCUCUCAGAUAACCUCGGAGACCCUGAACCGGGCAAGGUGAUUUGGGCCUGGGGACUCGAGGUAUACCAGACCUUUCUAGAUUUGUGCUCGGCGCGACAUCCUGUGGCGCUCGUCAUUCUGGCUCACUUUACUGUCUUGAUGAGCUUCUAUAAGGAGCACUGGUGCCUGAGAGACUGGCCAGGUGGGUUGCUGGGACAUAUCAUGGAGGUUCUCGGAGAUGAGUGGGAGGAUGCUCUGAAGUGGCCGAGUGAUUUCGUUUUCGGGUUGGUAACGUUAGCACCUCAGGCGGUGACUCACAGAGGCUUAGCGUAUCAGAGAGUCUAA